UCACGGAAAGGGAAACCAACUUGACCAACGGUGCUGUGAAAAGGAAAUGCAUUUUUGGAUUGAUAAACGAUCGCAAGCGUGUGGUUUCGGCAGAGCUCGUGUGGCAGCAUCUUUAUCCGGUGGAGGCGGUCUUGGCUUCGGUCAUCCACGCCGAGUGCCCCGGAAAUCAAUGGUCACCCCAAUUCAUCGGUUUCAAACGGUCGACUGCAGCCGUCCGCACUUAUACCGAACACAACAGCAACAACAACAGCAGCAGCAGCAACAGCAACAACAGCAUCAACUCCAGCAACAGCAACAGCAGCAACUACAUCAACAAAGCACACAAUCUCAAGCAAAUCCGUCUGCCACAUCGACACAUCACACGUCCGCACCAAGUCAACAUCAGCAUCAGAAUCAUCAUCAUCACCAUCAUCAUCAGCAACAGCAGUUACAUCAUCAUCCGCACCAUCCACAGCACGGGCAGAGUCACGCCCAGCAACUCUCGAACUCGGUGCUUUUACAGCCACCUAAUCAGCAGCAGCAACAACAGCAGCAGCAACAGGUACAUCACGUGCAAUUGCAUAGCAGUGGACACUACAAUUCCCACAGCAAUGUGCUGCCAGCACCAACGCCUUAUCCGCAGUCCAGUCCUAAUUUGCCGCACAGCACCUCUCCCAAUGCCCACAACUACCACGUACCUGUGUCGAUGAACCACAUCUACAGUGCACCUAUACAUCCUUCCGGAGCUGAGAUUGAUCAGAGUAACACCAAUUUAGCUGGUAUCGGGCAGCAUUCUCCACCGCAUAUCGGACACGACGCGCAGCUGCUUCCGGCGCACUUGAAAUGCGGCAUGUGGGCGUCCUUGGCCCUGGCUACAGUGUUUGUAGCCGGGGCAAAGUUUUACUUCGAUCAUCAGGGCACCGGCUUAGAAGUACUUAUAUUUUGCGCAUUUUCGGCAACUUUCUUUCUUGCGGCAUGCACCGUUUCGUUGUGGAGGCGCCCGCGUGAUCAACAAAUUUCUGGCAACAAUGUGAUAUCGGAGACGAUCUCCAAUGCCGAGCAAAGCUCUCUGCAGAACAACCCUGAACUUAUAAGCGGCAAUCCGUCACCAUUGCUGAACGGAAGUACCGGAAGUGGACCUAUCGGAGGCUUAGCGACAACGGGAGGCCUUCAACAGGCUUCGCUUGCAAGUAUUGUAGCACCACCACCACCGUACCAUAUUGCGAUACUGCUACCGGAGACCACGAAAGAAGCGGAAGAAAUGCCACCCCCUUCGUACGAUAAAAUAGUGAUUUAAUUAUCAGCCUACCACUUGAGGGAUACACGGGCCGUUGAAGACAACUGCUCACGUUUACACCUAUUACAGAAGACUAUCGACCUCCUUCUUCAGUCCAACACAAAUGAAGAGGGAUGACAGAGACAGAUAGAAUGCACAUUGUGCUUAUCCGGUAUAUAAGGGUUUUUAAAGGUUAAAUAAGAAAUAAAAUAGUUGGGCAAAGCCAUCGUGAAUGCAGGGAUGCAAAACUCGGAUGCUCAAAGUAUUGUAAGAGGAGUAUAAUCUAGGGAACGCUUCUUCACAACAUAUGAAAAGAUAGUCCAGUGAAAUACUUACCGAAACAUUCGAAAAGUGUGGUGUACCACAGAUAAUUAAAUUAAUAUUUGAUGCCUAAGAAACUUAACACAUGGAGUAGAUUGAUAGAAAAAAGCUGGAGGGUAGCGAAUGGAUUAUGUUUUUUUUUUACUGAAUGGCUGGUUCAGACAGUGUGACUUUUAUUGGAACUAUCAAUACAACAAUUACUGAUUAAAAAAGUGACGCAAAAGUAUUAUUCGGCAGUUUCUUUAAUUUGUCUAAUAUGUUCUAAUGAAACUUUACUGCAAACAAAAGCAAUCAAACAAUCAAUUAAUAGAUGGUUGCAACAACAUAUGAAUUUGACAAAAAGUUGGAAAAUCAAAAUAAGCAUAAACUAGAGAUAUUUUUUAUUCACGGCCUAUGCAUUUGAUUUUUUUUUUCGAGUUCUGUUAAUUUUGUUAUACUAUGAUUUUGGGUUAUUUUAAACGUGUUAAAUGUCCACCUUAUGAAUCACUCAUAUUGAUGAUAUUUUGAUUGAAUAUUAAUUUUUAGGAAGAAACAAACUGAGAAAUACCCAUCCCUAUAACUAUUAAUUAGAAUCUCCAUUCUUUGUCUGAACGUGCAGUACUACCACAUCUCAAGUAAAAAUUUUGGUGAGUCUUAUUAGGUUAUGAUUGCUCUUUUUCUUUCUAAAUCGCUCAAAUCCUUGCUCAAAUAUAGUUAAAAAGUAUCAUAGAUUUAUAUUAAUUUCUUUCAAUGUGACAGGAAAAGAUAGAACAUCUUACGAAGAGAUUUCAUAGCAGAUAGUGUUGAGAAGGUUCAUAUAGAAAACAGUCCAAAAUAAGUAUUUAUAUUUCGUAAAGUAUGGAUCAUUAUACACCAAAGGGUAAGAAAAGGAUUUCAAAUCAAAUUUCUCAUUUUGGUAUAUUUAUGUUUUGAAAAUAUAUAAUUUUAAUUUCAAUCCCCAGCAUAUUCAUGUUAUUUUUUAAGAGUGUAAAAUUAAUAUUCCUCCCGGAAAUAAUGAGGAAGGAAGA